CCUGCUAGUUCCCCCGCCUCUUUCCUUUCAUUUCCUCCGCAUCCCCGCGCUCUCCCGCGACAGCAGCUUCGAGGAGAUGGAGAGCACCUGCGAGCUCUCAUAAACGCGCCGAACAGGAGAUCCUUCGAAGCGAAGGGGACACGGAUCAAGGAGCUUCAGGGGCGCCGGCGAGAGGCGGAAACACUGCUGACAUAUGUGAGUGUUUGGAGUGUGGAGGCUGCACCUCCUCCCUGAGCACACACGCACACACACACAUCACAAGACUGCAUCCUUCUUAAGGAGCAAAUUGAAUCACGUCAACUUCUUCAAACACGAGGAGAAGGAUUCUGGAGCGCUGCUUCCCGGAGCUAGUUCGACUUUCGGCCGGCAUUACUCCUCAGGUCUCCCGCUGCUUUCAUAGCCAAAGACAGCCAUGUCUGGACGGACUGUGACCAUCCCGGACGAUCGGGCGUUUGCUAGCUUCAAGGCUGAGUGUCUGGACGAGGAGGGCUGGAGUACCACCUACAGCAAGGGCGGCGUGACGGUGUGGACCCAGGGUCUAGAAGAAGGGAAGUCCGUCCACAAAAUAAAGUGUCAACUUAUCUGCAAGGACGUGUCUGCCGACGCCAUGUACGACGUCCUCCACGACAUUGAAUACAGAAAGAAGUGGGACACAAACGUGAUUGAAACCUUUGAUAUCGGAAAGCUGACGGUCAACGCAGACGUUGGAUACUAUUCGUGGAAAUGUCCGAGUCCGCUCCGGAAUAGAGAUGUGAUCACGCUCCGCUCGUGGCUGCCAAUGGGAAGGGAUUACAUCAUCAUGAACUACUCUGUUAAACAUGCUAAAUACCCUCCCAAAAAGGACCUGGUUCGAGCUGUGUCCAUUCAGACGGGAUACAUGGUGCAACACCAGGGACCCAAACAGUGUAUCCUCACAUACAUGGCCCAGGUAGACCCCAGAGGUUCUUUACCCAAGUGGUUUGUCAACAAGUCUUCCCACUUUCUUGCCCCUCAUGCAAUGAAGAAGAUCUACAAAGCUUGUUUGAAAUACCCUGAGUGGAAGCAGAAACACAACCCCAACGUCAAGCCCUGGCUGUACCCUGAACAGACAACAUUACCCAGCAUCCCUCUGUCAGAGCUCAGCAUCCAGCAUGCCGAAAGCCUGGAGAAUAUUGACGAGAGCUGCCUGGAUGAGGCCCAAGUUCCUGAGAGAGAAGACAGCGACUAACACACGCACACACACACACACACGCGCGCUGACACACUAAUGCAGGGAUACAUGCAUAUCUGUCGCACAUCCGCAAUCACAUGUAUGCUUAAUGUGAUUCUGUAUGUAUCUCUGAGUGCGUCCAGAUGCACUCUGUAUGCUUUAUUUCAUUCUCUCUCUCACGCACACACACGCAUACACACACACACACACACACACACAAAGCUGAUCUGCUUCAAUCCAUUUUUGCAGACAUAAUGCAUUUACGUGUCGACACAUUCAGCAAACUUCCCUCCACCAUCAGACACACCCAAUGUCAGGGCCUCCACUGCUUUGUUUCACUGGCGAUUUGCUUUUUGAGAACAUUUUCUGUAUCUUUUAUAGAAUUAAACUGUUCAUUUCCUUAUGAUUUAGUUUAUGUUAAAGGGAAAAUCAAUCCUGAUUCAUUUCAUUACAAACUCUCCUUCAGAAGUGGAACUAGUACCUACAUCUCAUUUCAUUGUUCAAAUGUGACCCUUUGUAUUUUGUAUCCCCAAAUGAACUCCAUGUGAAAAAAAAAAAACCGCAACGUUGGUAAGAAUAAUCUGUCUGUGAGGAUGCUAACUAAUACAAAUACUUGACAAUCUGGAGCGAAAACUACAUGAUGUAGCUUCAGUGCGGUGAUGUAAAACAGCAUGUAAAGACUGUAUGGAAUCUUUGAUUGGAAGUAUCUGCACAUGCCAAGACUUUAUGUUCACAUUUGAGCCUAUAUUUUUGAGAUGUCCGAAUGUAUGUAGAGUUUGAACAUUAAAACAGGAUUCCUACAGACGUUUUCAAACAUU